GUCUAGUAUUUAGUCUAGUGCGAGUCGUUGUCGAGCGCCUCGGCUUUUUCGAAUAAGUUAACAAAGUUUCACGAAAAGAGGCACCCAAAAAAUAAAUAGUUUACGGAAAGUAACGUAAUAAGAGGUACACAAGCAUUUUCUAGUGGUCGAACAUCUCUGCUCAACGAUGAUCGGUUGCAGAAAACCCGUUUAAUGCGAUUUUUCUGCUGAACAGAAAGUGUAUAUUAUGUAUAUAUACGUGUACGUACAAAGACAAAUCUGGCGUGCGAUCACCCUCGCUCUCAGUUUGUGUGAUUGUGUGUGAUAUAGAUAUGUUCGCCAGUGCGAUCGCGUCAUAAUGCCUGCAGUAUCGACACCGACGGAAGCUACGCCUUUGCUGCAAAGCAGCGAAAUGAGAGGGGAACAACCCAAUGGCUGCACCUUCCAGAAGCAGCUUCACCGCCGCCUCCCCAUCACAGCCUGGCUGCCCAACUACAGCUUGGGAAAGUUCAUGCAGGACGCUCUGGCUGGCAUAACCGUCGGCCUCACGGUCAUACCUCAAGGAAUCGCUUAUGCCGAUGUUGCUGGAUUACCACCUCAGUAUGGAUUGUAUAGUAGUUUCAUGGGAUGUUUCGUAUACAUGUUCUUCGGGAGCACCAGGAACGUAACAGUGGGACCAACAGCAAUCAUGGGUUUGCUGACGCAUUCCUUCGUGGCAUCGUAUGGCGAGGACUUGGCGGUUUUACUGACUUUUCUGUCAGGCUGCAUAAUAACAACAAUGGGUCUGCUUCAUCUUGGAUUUCUCGUGGACUUUAUAAGCUUGCCUGUGAUCAGUGGCUUCACCAAUGCCUCAGCAAUAAUCAUAGCCUCGUCCCAAAUGUUAACGCUAUUAGGAAUUAAAGGACGAACUGAUUCCUUCUUGGAUGCCAUCAAAAAACUUUUCAGUCAGUAUUCUCAAGCCAAGGCUAGCGAUUCCGUGCUUGGAAUCUGUUCGAUUGUUGCUCUGGUUGUGUUAAAGAAUCUACCAGGGAAGAGACGGGGCAACUUAGCGCAAAAAUGCAUGUGGCUGAUAUGCUUGGCGAGGAAUGCGGUGGUCGUAGUGACAGGCAUGAGUAUCGCCUACUCGCUAAGGGAUAUCGAGCCCUUCAAAAUCACAGUCAACAUAACCGAGGGUCUGCCACCCUUUGGCCCGCCACCGUUCACCACCACCCACAAUAAUGUCACCUAUAACUUUGUGGACAUGCUGCAAAUCUACGGUGGCAGUGUCAUAUCGGUGCCUCUGAUCGCCCUUCUCGAGAGUAUCGCCAUUGCCAAGUCUUUUGCGAAGGGUAAAACGCUAGACUCGAGCCAAGAAAUGAUAGCCGUGGGCCUGUGCAACGUCUUCGGUAGCUUCGUGCGCUCGAUGCCAACGACAGGUAGUUUCACCCGCACUGCUGUCAACAACGCUUCUGGCGUGAAGACACCCUUUGGCGGCCUCAUCACUGGAUGCCUCGUUCUUCUCGCCUGUGGCCUCCUAACUUCGACCCUCAGAUUCAUUCCCAAGGCCACCCUCGCUGCCGUCAUCAUAGUCGCCAUGUACUACAUGCUGGAAAUUCACCUGUUUCAUCUGCUAUGGAGGACUAAGAAAAUAGAUCUGAUUCCCCUAUUGGUGACCCUCAUAUUUUGUCUCACCGCUGGACUUGAUUAUGGCAUCGUCGCAGGGAUAGCGACAAAUCUGGCUCUGCUGCUUUACGGUACUGCUCGGCCCACCCUACUGAUCGAAGAGCGCUUGGUUAAUGACUUGCCCGUCUUACUAGUCUCGCCCCAACAGUCACUCAGCUUUCCAGCAGCCGAGUACCUACGUGAACGAGUCAUGUCCUGGUGCGAUGUGAUGAAGAAUACGACUAUGGUGAUAAUCGAUGGUCAAAACGUAAAUGAAAUUGAUACAACCGUUGCAAAGAACUUGUCACUGCUACUGUCAGAUCUUGAGGCACGCCAGCAACGACUAAUCUUUUGGAACUGGUGCGACGAAGCCAGUCGAACCCUCAUUGCUUUCGAUACUUCGAUCAAACCACACUUCCGGACUUUCGACAACAUCUCGCAACUACUAGCUGAUGAGGUCGCGACGUCUGGCGAAACAAUUAAGAACGAGUCGCCUGCGUGAGCCCGUCCGAGCCGGGCUCGAAUGAAUGCAGGAGCGUGGAAAAAAAAAAAAAACGAGAGAGGAAAGCAAGUUCCAUGCAUACGGAGUGGAUGAGGCGCUGGGCAAGAUAACACGCUGUGACCGCAAGCUCUGCCACCAGCCAGCGCUUUUUUUUUUUUUGGCAAACGUCUGCUCUUGCUGUGUACCUUUUUACCACAACGGGGGGCAUAUAUAACUAUAGUUUGCUACUCUGCUCGUGGUUUUUUUUUUUUUUGUACUCAGACUAAUGGACGUUUUUCAAUGGA